AGGCCAUCCCCGCCACAAUGACGUCAAUACAAAUGGCCGGCAACCUGGUGGGCGCCAUUGUUUCUGGUCAGAUCUCAGAUGCAUUUGGACGCAAGAUUGCCCUGUACCUGUGUCUCCUCAUACUCACCGUCUCCUGCACCAUCGCAGGGUUUGCGACAUCGUGGCAGAUGUUCUCUGUCUGCUCUUUCUUCAUCGGCAUUGCCUGUGGAGGAUACCUCGUCACCUACUUUCCGCUUGCAGUUGAGUUCGUCCGAUCAAGAUGGAGGACUGUCGUUGCCUGCUUCCCUUUCUGGUCGCUAGGGUUUGCCUUGUUUGGUCUCCUGGCUUGGCCUGUGCAUGAUUUCAGAUACUUGUGUUUCAUCAUCGCGGCUCUGGAGACACCGUUCUUGUUCACAUACAGGUUUUUCCCGGAGAGCAUUCGAUGGCAGCUGUCACGUGGUCGUAUCGAUGAGGCGAAGAAGACAAUUGUCCGGAUUGUUAAGAUGAACCGGAUUAACAUGCCGGACCUCAGCCAGAUGCAUUAUUUGGCUGAACGAGAGAAGGCAGAUCGUGUCUUUCAGAAGAAAUAUACAUUUUUUCACCUAUAUACCUCGCUGAUAAGGGUGAAGAAAAUGGCUGUAUUUCAAACCAUGUGGUGCAUAUCUAGUAUAGUGUAUUACGGGCUGUCUUUCGGAGCUCGGAACCUGGUCGGAAAUAUCUACCUCAACAUCUCGCUGUCGGGGCUUGCAGAGUUGCCUCGGAUCCCUGUCAUCAUCUUCGUCAAUGACAGGAUCGGGCGUCGAUGGACAUGCUUCUGUUUCUACCUGCUGUGUGCUGUGGCGUGUUUCAUCGUGGCGGUCUGCGCCGCCGAGGGUGUUACUGGUUUGGCGACGGUCAACUUUGCAAUGGCCUUGACCGCCAAGAUGGCGAUUACAGCUGGUUGGGCAGCUCUUAAAGUCUACACUGUUGAACAUUACCCCACUGUGAUAAGAACUCUUGGAUUAGGGGCGUGCAACAUUGCAGCCGGUGUUGGGAGCAUCGUUGCACCUUAUAUGGUCCUGAUGACCGAACAAAACCUUGUGCUGCCAUACACUGUCAUUGGGAUCCUAGUAGCUGCCAACGCUGUCAUUCCCUUCCUGUUGAAGGAGACGGUCAAUCAGCCCCUUGAGGACAUACUCAUCGACGACCAUCUGGCCGCUGACACUAGCGGACUUUCAGCCAACAGACUUUCAGGAUCCGACCAUCAGAGCAUUUAGACUGUGUUGUUAUGUGUGAUGUGACAUUCUUUGGCGUCUUGUGUGACAUGUGUCUUUCUUGGCCAACUUAAUAACAGCUGAACAACCAUACCAUUGACGAAUGUUCCUCGUUUGCUCAUAAUAAUUGGCAUACAUAGCCAGUUGAAACAGGCGCCGCCAUUUGCGUGGAUUUGCGUGUCAUGGGUUCAAAUUCAAUAUUCUCACUGACCAUGAUCCUAUUGCAAACACCGUUCAUGUAGACAUGGGUUUCCUCAAAGUGAUAAGCAUCACUUUGGGAUGUGAAAUAACUGACAUAUAGUUCGAGGCAGCAUUAAACCCAACUGACUCACUAACUGACUCUUCUUUAUCCACUAAGGAGGGUUAAUCAUAGCACCAAUAUUUAGAAUGGUUCAUAGAAAUCCCAAGAAUCUGUAUUCUGGAAUGAUGCGUACAUAGUUCCUAUAUCAUCACUUAAAGGACGUCAUCGUCAUAAAGUAACAGAUACCCCAAAUAUGGAGGCUUGUCUUAGAGAUUAAACAGCACUUGGAAUUAACGCUGGAUGACUAGCUUUAAUGCAUUUCAAGAUGGAAACAAUCAAAACGGUUAGUUACUCCAUCUCCAGUACCGUUAUAGUGUUUUCUGUCUGGCGGUGGGUGGUGGUGUUGUGAUAAUGUUACUACUAUUGUAUUGUUAUUGGGGUGUUGGGGCCGUAACAGUUAGCUGCGCCCUUGAGCAUCUAAAACGUAUGAUCCCGGUUCGUAGUGAUUCUUGGUUUUAGCCCUAUACUCGUGCAAGCUGACAAGCCAGGAUGUAAU